CAUUGGCUAAUACGAGUCGCCAGUGAUUGCAGGAGUUUAUAUUUACUCCAAUAUAACUAUCAAGUCAUGGCUACGAUUAGAAAAUUGGAACCCGCCUUAUAGGCAUGAUUUGGACCAAGCUUUUGCGAAUUGGGAAAGCAAGUUUUCUAAUUCGCAUUAUCUGGGCAGUUAAUCGAAAAACAAAAGCACUGUGGAACCAAUUUUAACUAGGUUACCACUGAAAAAAAGCCUUCCUGUGAUCCAGGUCUGGGAUUAAGAACCUGGAACAAUUUAGACGUAACGUGUUUGUUGUUGUCUGGCGCAAGAAAGGCGUCUGGUCCACCUCCAAGCUCUUGCAAUACGGGCAAUGAGGGAUACAUGACGAACGCUGGAAACUCUGUAAAGAGUUGGAAUUGCAAUUUGAUUUUGUGAUGAACCGGCGUGAAUUUGGCCAGGAGGAAUUUACCAAUGAGCAGUUUGUGGCAGGCGGUGUGACGCUCCUACUUUCUGGAUUCGUGGGGUUCGUAGGAAAUAUUUUAGUGUUAAUCAUCACUUACCGUAUACUGAAGUACAGGAAAAACAUCCCUUCUAUCUUGAUACUCUUCCUGGCUUGGACAGACUUGCUUACGUUUCCGUUUAUUUAUCCGCAGUCGCUCAUUAAGUAUUUUUACGGUUCGUACGUCGGGAACUACAUAGCGUGUGACUACCAAGCCACCGUCAUCACCUUUCUCUUCACAGUAUCUAUUUGUCUGGUGUUGGUUAUGAGUAUAGACAGACUUUUAGCCUUACACAAACCCUUCUGCUAUGAGAAGUACAUAACGUACGAUAAAGAGAAGGUAAAGGUCGCGGGGAUCGGUCUGGGGUCCGCAGGGCUCACCAUAGCUCUGCUACCCGCGUUCGGAGUGGGUCGAAACGUGCUUCACUUUCCCGGGACUUUUUGUUUGUUUGAGUGGGGUGCAGAGACGAUAGACGGGAAAGCACUCGUUUAUAUUUACAUUGGUUUUUUGAGUUGUGCGAUUUUAGGUGUAGUGAUUUGUAACCUUGCGGUAGUUGUUCUUACGUGGAGACUUCUGCGAAAGAUUAAAAAUAGAAACACGACGGGUGACAAAGAAGCAACUGUGACACAGAGGGAAACUAGUAAAACUCCCAAAGAAGCCACUAAAGAGCAUAGAAAACAAUCCAUGAAAGGGCAAAAUAAGGAACCCAGUAAAGUGCGAGGCCUAGAAGCCCAUAGAGAGAACAAAGAUAGAAAUGAACAAGAAGAAAUAAUCAAGCAAUCUCAGGAACCGGGAAAUGUCACGUGCACGGAAAACGUGAACGAGGGUGCCGAGAACGAAAGCAAAGUGCGUAAGACUUCACACUCAAAAGAGAAAUCUAAAAAUAAAGAUGGCCUUAAAGUACAUAGGGUUUCUUCCCAGUCAGGACAGAUGGAAAGAAAUUUCGCGAAGCUGAGUUGUCUGGCUGCGGUUGGCUUCGUUGGAUGUUGGAGUUUGUUUCUUAUACGAAUUACAAUGAUCCAGGCAGGCUUUUCGUUCGACGCGUUCACGGACUUCACAGCCAUUCGCCUCGCGUCGCUCCACUCCGUGGUGAACCCUUGGCUCUAUCCGCUUAUCAGACGCAAGUACCGCGAAGGUUUUUUGCACAUCCUUACGUGGGUCGGUCACGUGAUCACGUGCACGCUAAUCAACAAGCCAACCACCACACUAGAUGACAUAGUGGGUGGAACUCCCAAAAUCAAACGCAGCAAGAAGGUUCAACUUGCUGACCGCCGGCGGUCGAGUUCACGCUUUCUUAGCACUUCAACACUCACGACAGAAUCUAAAGUGUCCCAUGAACACGCUAAGUAGUAACAAAUACCUUGUCCAACCUACAGAGUGCAUAAAAUAUUCAUGGGCGUAUCUAAAGAAAUUCUCCCCUGGAGCUGGCUCCAAGUAUCCAUAGGAAACUACUUAGGAUAUGUCAUGUGUAAAUCUGUAAAUCACUGCCUCAAUGGCUGAAGCAGAGGAGCCGUGCCCUUCUAGGAACAGAACCCCCAAAAAGGCGAAGCAGAUCAUAAAGGCAUUAUUAGAAAAAAGAGACAUGCAGUAUGGCCGAUCUCUGGGGAAGGGGAAGCUUUCCAGCCCCUUCCACUUCCACAGCCGUGUUUAAAGACUAUCUAAGGAGUAGUUUAGGUAGAGAAAUGCAUUAACAGUGGAAUAUAAUAUGCUCUAGACCGUACUGCGCCGUCAUCAGUCAAUCGAAUCAUGAUAACUGGAACCUCAAAGGGAAAUCGGAACUUGGUUCAAGGGAAAAAAUUAAUGCACAAUAAUGCAACAAUAAGUUGCUAGUGGCUAAUAAAAUUUAGCACUUUGCCUCUUUUUAUA